UGUUCCUGUGUUGGAAAUUGGAUGAUGGUAAAUAUUUGCUAUGUUAUUUUCCAUUGGUGAGUCAAACAGCUAACAGACAAAUGGAAAACUAUGCCUGAGAGUGUAGUGCUCUUGCUGCGCAUCUGUGUUUCUGUCAGUUGCCAUUCGGCUUAUAAGGAAGGCUUUUCUUCACUUGAUGCGUGUACAACACUGAAUUUCGGUCUCUGGAGUCGACGUACGCAAGUGUCUGCACGAAUGCAAGGUUAAAGUCUUCUUUUGGAAAUCGAAUGUCUUCAGAGGAUAUCUAGAAACCUUUAUUUGAAGCAACUUUGAAGAUGGCUAACAAGGAGGAAUCAGUGAGCAGCAGCAGUGAAAGUGUUCUGAGCUGGGAGCAGGUUAGCCGCCUGAAUGAGGUCCUGACGGAGGUGGUGCCUGUACACGGUCGGGGGAACUUCCCCACUCUGGAGGUGCGGCUGAAGGACAUUGUGCAGAUGGUGCGCACACGUCUGGAACUGAGGGGGAUUAAAGUGAAAGAUGUCCGCCUAAAUGGAUCCACGGCCAGCCACGUGCUGGUCCAAGACAUUGGCUGGAGCUACAAGGACCUGGAUGUCAUCUUCAGAGUGGACCUGCCCCGGGAAGCAGAGUUCCAGCUCAUCAAAGAUGUGGUGCUGGGAACUCUCCUGGACUUCCUCCCUGACGGGGUGAACAAGGAGAAGAUCACCCCCAUGACCCUCAAAGAGGCUUACGUUCAGAAACUGGUCAAAGUCUAUACAGAGCAAGACCGCUGGAGUCUCAUCUCGCUCUCCAACAACAACGGCCGCAAUGUGGAGCUGAAGUUUGUGGACUCCAUCCGCCGGCAGUUUGAGUUCAGCGUGGACUCCUUCCAGAUCGUGCUGGACUCCCUGCUUUCCUUCUAUGACUUGUCCAAGACCCCCAUGUCUCUGCACUUCCACCCCUCUGUGAAGGGGGAGAGCAUGUACGGGGACUUCAGCAUGUCGCUGGACCACCUCAGGAACAAGCUGAUCGCCACCAAGCGGCCGGAGGAGAUCCGUGGCGGUGGGCUGCUGAAGUACUGCAACCUGCUGGUGCGUGACUUCAGGCCCACCUCGGAGGAGGAGUUCAAGGGCCUUGAGCGCUACAUGUGCUCACGCUUCUUCAUCGACUUCCCCGACAUUGGCGAGCAGCAGCGCAAGCUGGAAGGCUACCUGCAGAGCCACUUUGUCGGGGAGGAGAAGAGCAAGUAUGACUACCUCAUGAUCCUCCGCCGCGUGGUCAACGAGAGCACGGUGUGCCUCAUGGGCCACGAGAGACGGCAGACCCUCAACCUAAUCUCGCUGACGGCUUUCCGGGUGUUGGCGGAGCAGAACGCCAUCCCGGACGCCUCCAGUGUGACCUGCUACUACCAGCCAGCACCCUACGUCCGAGACCACAACUUUAGCAACUACUACGUGGCCUCGUGUAACCAGAACAUUCCAACAUGGCUGCCGUGUAACUGAGACAGAGAUGAGGACUGCUUUGUGAGGAAAAAGAUGCCCCAAAAAAAGAAUUGGCCUGUAGCUGAUGUUUCCCUCUAGGCAUAAAGGAUAUAUUUAAAUGGACAUGUUUUGUUUUUUUGGACUCCGUUUUCCUUUCUCAUUCCUUGUCUGCAGAGAUGUCAUAAACAUCAGAUAUAAAUUGAUUUUUUUUUUUUUUAAGUGUUUGGAUGGAUUAUAGUUUUUGGACUUGUCUGGAUAGUGUAGUUUUGUUUCCCCAUGUGACCUUGUCCCAGUUCCUAAUGAAUGUCCUAAUUCAAGACUGAGUUGUCCUCGGUGCCUUAACCCCAGGUGUCCCCCAGUUUGUCAACUUGGUAGAUGGUUCAUCUCUAAAGAAAGGAAGUCAUCAUUGCAUUGAAGGUCCUGUGUGUUUUGAAAAAAUGUGGACAAGAAAAUCAGAAAAUAUUAAGAAAAAAAGCAUAAAAGAGAAAUUAAGUAAAAAGUAUAUAAGAUAAAUUGGAAAAAAAAUGGCACAGGUGUUUAAAAAAAAUAUAUAAUUAUAAUAUGAAGAUGGUCAGUUAAUCGUGGAGUGGUACAGAUUGCCUAUUGGUGCAGCCUCCUAGGUGAUGGAAGAGGAGCUGCUCAUUUGUUUUAAAGUGUAAAGGGAGUAAAACAAAUCCUUUUGGGUCAAAUAUACCCUCUCAGUGUUCUCCAUCUACCCGUUUGGUGCCUAAGCUGUGGAGACUACUGUGAGACUAUGUAUUUUAUUUUCUACUGUGAAUGUUAAGCUCCAGGACCUCCUUUAAAAGAGUUGAAAUGGGAUUAGAAUAUAAAUUUACAGUGUGGGGGGCUAGUGGAGCAACUGUGUCUGGAGACCUUUUGUCCUUUUAAACCUCACGCCUUACCCUUCAGCAUGGUGAGAACUGCAUGCCUAUGGAGAGGGCCGCAGCUGGCUGGGUCUGUCCCUUCCCUUAGAAGGAGCUGCACAUGGCUGGCCACGGCCGCCCAGCGCAGGCUUGGCACCAACAGAUGGCUAUGCCAGCAGUCUAUAAUUACACGAGGGAGGUUGUGGGGUGGGAAUGGUUGUGUGCUGACAGUGUGUGACUGCUACCUUACAUGUGCUACCUUACAUGUGCUGACUCACUGUGCCUUGGGUAGCUGGGGCAGGUGGGAGUCCUCUGGUCACAGGAGGACAAGGCCUGGCACAUUCACAGAAAUGUAUUACUGUCUCCCGGUUGGAAUUCCUCUCCCAUUUUGGACUGCUUUUGAUUUAUGUGUCGGAACCCCCACUCCCCUCCUUUAAUAUUUGGUAUUCCAACCAUACAUUUUCUUAACUACCAGGAUUGUUCUUAGCCAAAUCCUCGAUUUGUUUUUUUUAUAUAUAUUUUUUUUUUAAACUUUCAAAGGCUUCUGCUUGGAGCUGAGUAGGCUCUCCCCUGGUUUUUGAUUCCACUCUUUAACUAUUUUUGUAAGGCCCCUGCCACUCCAGAAACAGACACAGGUUGUGCAAGUGUGCGCAGCCAGAUAAGAGCAGUGUGUCCAGUUAUCAGUGCAGGGCAGGAAGGGUCAGCGUGGGCCUCCCGGGUGGCAGAGAGGUCCCCGGUCAGGGCUUGCUAUACUGGGAAGAGGGGGGGGGGGGGAGGGGCUGUGGACACUGCAAAAUGGGGUAGAUGGCACAUUUACUGUGGACCAAGUUUGAAUCAACAAGUGCUUAAAUGCCUUCACUUUGGGGUGAUUUACUUUCUGAGGGUGUGCAUAGGAAAGGGGUGCCAGCAGGGUGGGCAUAGGUAACCAAAGGAGUGCUAAGAACAGUGGGCAUAUUUACUUUUUGCAGGGUGGGCAUAGGUCAGGGGUUUUCAUUUUUCCUCUUAUAUACAUUUGCAUCAUUGGGUUGAAGUAGAAAAUUGCAUUUGCUUGACACUGUGAAUUGGAAAACUAGACUCUUUGUAUCAUUUCAAGUUUAUUUUAAAAAUGUCUGUUUUAAGCCCAGCCUCAAACAACAAUGCUAUUCUUGAAACAAACUGUUCUAGUUAUUCAGUCAAUACUCUGCCUCUCAUCCCUCGCUCCCAACUUAUCCAAACCAAAGCAACAUCCCAAGUGCACUGACAAGCCAUUACACACACACACACACACACACACACUCUCAUUGAAGCACUUUAGAGGCCUUGUCUUACUCCAGACCCAGUUAGUUGAGAAUGUAUAGUAGCUGUGGAGGGAACAAGUUCUCAGGGAGAUGUGUUCAAGGGCUGUUUCUACACUUGUAGGGCUUGGAUGAAUUGGUGACCCCUUUUGUACUCACCUUUUGGUAUUUUGUACUGCUUGGUGUAUUUUGGCAGAAGGUGUCCAUCUCCCCAUUGAAACCAUUUUUUAAUUUGUAACAGCAGGGGGCUUGCCCAGUUCUCCUGACGAUGACCUAGGUCUAAUGUGCACUUAUUAGAAACACUCUCUGGGGCACUGCUGACACAUCACCCGAUGGUUACCUGCUGCAGUGAUGCCUUAAUGUGUUGAAAGCUGUGUGGUCUCUGUUAGAAUACAUGCCAUUUAUGAAUGGUGGAGACCAGUAGCUAGUGAAUGGUGAAGACUAUUAUUUAGUCAGGAGUGUGUGUGUGUGGUCCCUUGGCUGUGAUGUCACUUCCUCAUGCGUGGUCUGUAAGUCUCUUGAGGUUUUGUGGGGAUACUUAAGAUCUUUUUCUUUUCGUUGGUCUCAUUGCUUUAAGAUAUUUACUGGCAUUGUUAAUCCCUCUUCAUUUUUCAUUGUGCUCUGUGUAUAAAUGCAGUGUAUAUGACACCUGUAGAUGUCUUCUCUUACAAGGGAGUAGCGUGAAUGGUUUUUGGUUGGGGUAUACUUGUGUAAAGUGUUUUAGCUCUUGGGGAAGUAGCCUCAUCAAAGCUGUGCAUCAGUUUUUUGCAUAAGAGUUGUGGAGUUUACAGCCAACGGUGUUGACCUGUUUGUGUGCGUGUGUGAGGAUACCAGUGAAUGUGAGUUCAAAACCCAAAAAGAGAAAUGGAUAUCGCACUAUAUACUUUUUUGAGAAGCUGAUGCUUCUAUGUCAGCAUAUAAAUGAAUGACUGGUGAGGAUCGUCACAGUUGUAACAUUUCAUUUUUCAGAACUCCCUCACUUACCUCACCUUGAGUUUUCCUUGUGGAGGGGAUUGUACAUCAGAAAUGUUUGAGGGGAAAUAAAUAAAGUAUUGAACCCCA